GUUAACAUUACAGAAGGGGCUAUGCCAUAGGCAUAUAUAAUAUAUGUCUAUGGGCUAUGCUCAAGGCAGAAAUUGUUAUUAUGUGUUUAUAAAGUCCUGUGACUAAACAUCUGCAUCAACGAGAGGAGACUUGUGUAACUAUUUGAAUAUAUGGCGAAAGAUGAAAGAUGCUAGAAUAUAGUCACUGCAUUGCUACACAUUUGUAAAUACGCCAACGUUAGUGGGGAGAUUGGAUUCGUGUGGGAGUAUAGAAGUCAAUCAAUUUAAUAAUUCUAUCUUCAUAGAUCAGCUCCAAUGAUCUGCUCCAAUGAUCUGCUCAUCUGGCUGCGGCAUUACAUGCUGCAUUCAAGUAUAUCACUUUACAAGCAACUUUCAAACAUUUAUGAAACUGACAUAAUCUGUCAAUAGUAUUUCACUACACUACAUCUGUUUGUCUCAUUACUAAAGCUAAUAAGGGCAAUAAAAUGCACUUCGACGAACUGAUGAAAAUGUUAGGGGAAUUCGGGCGUUACCAGAAGAUCAGGUUUUUCAUGGUCUGCAUGUUCUCUGUUGUAUCCGCCUGGCACGCUCUGAACAUGGUCUUCAUCGGGGCCGCCCCUGCUUUCCACUGUAAAACGUCCGAGUUAAACCUCACAGGCACGCCGCUGGAAAACUUAACGGCGGAAGACAAGCUGAAGAUGUUUCUUCCAGAAGGCUCUUCCUGCUACCAGUAUGAUGUGGAGGUGGUGCUGUCGGGCUACAGAAGCGGCUACAAAGGAAACCUGAGUGAGCAUUCGAUGGCUAACAACUCAAAGGGAGUCGUGUCCUGCCAGGAUGGAUACGAAUUCUCUAAAGCGGAUUACGCGGAGACAAUAACAUCUGAGUUUUCAUUGGUGUGUGGAGAAAAAUUCUGGAUUCGAACCUCGAAGUCUAUCUUCUUUGCGGGAAGAUUGUCCGGCGCUGUUAUAUUUGGCCAGCUUUCGGACAGAUUUGGUCGGAGGCCUAUGUUCUUUAUAGGCUGCUUGCUGCUUCUUAUAGCUGGAACAGUGGCUUCCUUCGCCCCUAAUAUGUACGUAUUCUUGCCGAUGUACUUCUGCCAGGGCGCCGCUCAUACUGGGGCGUUUCUUGUGACUUACACUUUAUCCACAGAACUGGUUGGCCCGAUGUACAGGGUCUUUGUGGGUUUCGUCAUUCAGGGCUUCUACAGUAUCGGUUUCAUGACCCUUGCAGGCAUGGCUUACUUGAUUCGAGAGUGGCGAUACCUGGAAAUGGCCAUCACAUUCCCUGUAGUUCUUUUUAGUCUGUAUUGGUGGUUUUUACCUGAGUCCAUACGAUGGCUUCUCUCACAUGGUAAGGAUAUUGAAGCAGAGAAGGUCAUUACCCGAGCCGCCAAAGAAAACGGCGUUGAGAUAGACAAGAACAUCUUCAAGUCGCUAAAAGAAGAUUCAGCAGUAGCCUCCACGCGGAACUAUUACUUUAUUGAUUGUGUCAACACGUGGAAAAUGGCCAAGCUCUCUUUUAAUAUUUGGUUUAACAGACUUAUCAACUCUCUAGUCUACUAUGGACUGUCACUUAACACCGAGAAUCUGGCAGGCAGCCCUUACCUGAAUUUUUUUAUUGCUGGAGCUGUUGAGAUACCCGCCUAUGCUCUUUGCAUACUUCUGCUGAACAGAGUUGGGCGCAGGUGGCCACUAAUUCUCUCUAUGUACGUGGGAGGCAUCGCUUGCAUUCUAUCCGAAUGUAUACCCAGCAACAGAGAUCCCGCCACUGUAAACAUUAUCCUGGCUAUGGUUGGGAAGUUUUGCAUCACAGCGUCGUAUGCCAUUAUUUAUUUAAUGGCAGCUGAACUGUUUCCUACUGUUGUUAGGAGUAUUGGCAUGGGCGUAGCUUCAAUGUCAACCAGUAUCGGAGGUAUAUUGGCCACCAUUUUCUUGGACCUUCAGGUUAUAUCCAAAUCUCUACCCUUGAUCGUCUUUGGUUCGCUGUCUGUUGUAGCAGGCUCCUUGGCGUUUCUGUUACCAGAACCUGCGGGGAAACCUCUGCCCCAGACUCCAGACGAUGUCGACGGAGGGAAGGCAUGUAUCAAUAUUGUGACUUGUAGAAAAAGGAGGAGUCUCAAAAUGGACACAGAACUACAGGACAAACCAGCUUUUUGAAAUCUCAAAGGAACACUUCAACCGAAGAUUGUUUUGAUUCUCGAAUGGUGCUAUUGACAUGGAUGAAGUUGACUGCGUUAAGUGUCACUAACUGGACCCCUCAAUGAACGGCCACACUUCCUAUCUGUUAGGAUAGUCAUUGGAUUAUAUUCGUAACAAAAAGCCUAUUGGACUAGCUUGUCAAAUCUACCGUCAUUGAUGUUACAAAAGCCGUCUGCGUCUUCGUGGAAAUAUAUCUGUCACGUGGUCUAGGUCACUGCUUAAAAAAAGUGUUUAUAACCAACCCAAAGAUUUAAUAUAUAUGCAUUUGCGUGUAUACAAUUAUGUAAGUAGAGUAUGAGUAUGUGUGUAUUUAUUAUUAGCGUGAUUGAGGACACAUUGGCGCUUGUAUGUAUCAUGUACACAUCUGCAAGGCGGGGUCGGGUUUAAUGCAAUACACAUUAAGCUGGUGGUCAGGUUUAAUGCAAUGUACAUUAAGCUGGUGGUCAGGUUUAAUGCAAUGCACAUUAAGCUGGUGGUCAGGUUUAAUGCAAUGUACAUUCAGCUGGUGGUCAAGGGUCUUGACAAGCCCAUUCGUUAGAGAAGGCCUGAACAUUGAUCUUCGAACUCACAGCCUGUGGGCAGUCUAAACCAAUAGCUCGUUGCCAUGUCGUAAAGACCUGUGACAGGCCUUCUAUGACGUCUGGUCUCGUUCUUACCCUUAAUGCAUUGCAAUUAUAUAAAAAACAUGGAUAUCGAGCUAUAAACUAGAAUUUCAUUUUGAUUUCUUUCUUCACAAAUAUGGCAUUGUUUAUAUGUAUUUGUAAUAUAACUAAAUGUAUUUUAUUUCCAAAGAGAAUAACAACCUAUGCACAGAAAAAACAAAAACAAAACAUAAACGCACUAAUUCUGCCCAGGGUCUCUCCCUACUUAAAUCCGGCCCUAAAUGAUAUGUAUUUUAUUCACAAAUGUAUACUUUUAAAAUAACAUUUCUCAGCUACUACAAAGUGUUUAGUGUCUAGUAUUACUUGUGAAACGUUUGUUUAAUCCGUUCAUUUCAAUGUAGUCUCUUUUUUGUUUUCGUAUUGCGACACACUGUAAAGAUCAUGUUUGUCUCAGCUCCUCCAAAGCUUAUAUUAUCUCACUCUCUGUCUGUCUGUCUGUCUCUCUGUCUGUCUCUCUGUCAGCCCAGCCCAGCGUGAAUACCGCAUACAUUUGAUAUUUUUGUGUGUGUUAAAUUUGAUUAUAAUAAUGAAGUAUUAUUUCUUCUUUUUAUAGGCCUACUAUUGACAUAUAAUAUAAUCACGAGACAGCUUAUCUUUGUCAUGGACACAUUUGAAAAGAAUUAAUAUUACAAAGAUAAUAUUCGUUUAGCUUGACAAUUCUCUU